CAAACGGUUCCCCCAAACACCACAAGAGGAGGCUGGGCGCACUUGCCUCUUUCUAGUUUCCCGUUUCCACCCAACGCGACCCGCCCCUCGCAACUUCUCUACUUGUUUGCUCUCUCCUCCCACCCCCGUCACCACCCCCGUCGCUCUAUACUCGUGCUGAAUCGCCCUUGCCCGAGACACUGCGUGUGUUUCCUCACUACAAAGGCUUUUUGGAUUGCCUCUAUCACGUUUGGGCGUUGCGCGACCCGCCUGUGUUGGAUAGGCGCGUCAUCUACACUGGGACCUACGGGUGCCCUUUUCGUGAAUCACCACCGACAGCGUCCCUAAUUCCGCGAGGACGUGUUCUAGCAUUGAUUAUUUGAAUAUAUACGGCUUUUGAGUCGCCAUUGAUACGCGAUGUUCUACUCGGAAACGCUUCUUUCGAAGACCGGGCCACUGGCCCGUGUCUGGCUCUCCGCCAACCUGGAGCGCAAAUUGUCUAAAUCACAUAUUUUGCAGUCUAAUAUUGAGAGCAGUGUCAGCGCUAUUGUUGACCAGGGUCAAGCCCCCAUGGCUCUUCGUUUGAGUGGCCAGCUUUUGCUCGGUGUUGUCAGAAUUUACAGCCGUAAAGCACGUUAUUUGUUGGAUGAUUGCAAUGAAGCAUUGAUGAAGAUUAAAAUGGCCUUUCGCCUAACUAAUAACAAUGAUUUGCCUAGCAAUGUGGCUUUGCCGCCUGGCGGUAUUACUUUGCCUGAUGUACUCACAGAAUCAGAUUUGUUCAUGAAUCUUGACACGUCUUCCCUUCUACUGCCAUCUUUGAACCUGGAAACGGACAGCAAACACCUUGGUGGUCUUGACUUCGGAAGCCAGCUGUUGCCAGACACUCAACGUCUGGCAUCCCAGGAACCUGCUCGACUGGAAGAUCACACCUUGGUUGAUUUGGAUCUGGGUGAGGACGGCACCCCUCUUCCACCCGACUUCAGUAUCGAAGUUGGUCGAGAUGCACCCGCCCCUCGUCCUUUUGAGGAAGACUUGAUAAGUGAAGACGGGAAACUUAACGAUGUCGAGCUCGAUCUCAAUCUUGGAGACGAUGAUCUCCCAUUAAUAGAUAACGACUUUGGAAAUGAGACCAAUGAUGACAUCAACCGAUUCCUCAACGCCGAUGACCCUAUGGAUCUAGAAGAUGGCGAUCUGGCUAUCCCACGGGCUGAUUCCGAAGCUGAAGCACGAUCCCCACGCGAAUCGGCUGACCGAUUUGCUACACCCCAAGCCGAUGCCGGUGCUCAAGAAGAGGCCAAUGAUGAUGGCGCUGCACAAGAAUUGCAGCGUGCUAAGCGACGUAGAAUCAUUGGUCAUGAUGUCGACACUCAGCUGAGCUCAUCCUCGAUCAAACAACAUCAAGAGGAGCACUCGGAUAUUCUCAAGCCCGUAUCCUUCCUCCCUCGUGAUCCAGUGCUCCUGACCCUGAUGCAAAUGCAGAAAAAUGGUGGCUUUGUGUCAACCAUUCUUGGCGAAGGUCGUGGUCGCGGGUGGGCUCCUGAGCUUCGGGACAUGUUGUCUUUUGACACUGUGCGUAAAGCAGGUGAUCUCAAGAGGAAGCGCGAUAGUGGCGUGUCAGAUGUCGACAUCGAUGCUGCGAACGUUCCAGAUCUGGAUAUUGGUGAAGACGGAGACAUGGACAAUUUAGAUGAAGGCAUUGGUCUAGACCAAGCACCGAUUGAAUUCCCUGGUGAUGAAAACCGCGCCGGUAGUGAGGAUGGAGGCUUGUUACUUGACGAUUUGGAUGACACUAUUAUUCAUCCGACUGACAGCGGUCCUGUCUCAUUGGGCACUCAGCAUGCUGUUCAUCUACUACGAGAACGUUUUGGUGGUGCAGGUGCCGCUGAACCAGCCACCCCUCAGAAGAAAGCUGUCCUCUUCCAGAAUCUUUGCCCUGAGAAACAAACAUCGAAAGCCGAUGCCACCAAGAUGUUCUUCGAGACUCUUGUGCUAGCAACGAAAGAUGCCGUCAAAGUUGAGCAAGGUAGCAACACUAUUGGAGGUCCUCUCCGCAUCAAGGCGAAGCGUGGGCUUUGGGGCUCAUGGGCCGAAACAGAAGCUGGCGGGGAAGUUGCAGCUCAGCAGGAAAUCGCAGUGGCCGCCUAAGAGAGUCUUCUUUGAUAAAAGUGACGGUUGAUUUAAGGAUUUCACGAGGCGUUUCUUUUGGGUUUUCGUCUACAGGUGCCUUCUGGGGCACUCUUUGAUGGGUUGCUUCUUGUACAGAUUUACUCUUUUCUGCUUUGAAAUUGCUUCAAAAUACCUAGGCGGGUCUUUGGGGUGCACAAAUGAGUUGGCUUAUUCAGGCGAUUGGUGUUCUGCUUGUUUUUUGGGUGAGCUGACACCUUGGUUUUCUUUGCUUAUAAUUGGUUUAUUGUGUUUUGCCUUUAUUCUCUUUGACUUUUGCUAGGAGGAUUGGGAACAAUGCUGUAUUGUGUAUCUGACUUGGAUUAUUCAUCGCGCUGAUGGACUGUUGAGUAGGGAUUGUAUGUUAGUCUAAUAGAAUUCUAUAAUGGAUAUCAGAUA